UACAAUUUGUAGCCAAUGCCGUAAAGGUUUGCUGAUGUUAUUGACUUGAUUAACUGCGAGAUUGUGGGAGUAAAUACUACGAUGUAUUGUGAAGAAAACGGGUUGUACACACACACAAGCAUGUAUACAAAAUAAGGAGCAGGCUUGCACGCCUAACUGCGCUGACACAUAAAUCAACUCUAGGUAUCCAUGUUGAAACCCGAUGUCCGUGUCCGAGAUGUGAGAUAUAGUCUUGGGUAGUGGCUUGUACAAGGACCUCUUGGGGUGAAUCCCUCGCUAAAAUCUGAGGUCACUUUUACGCAUGGAAACGAGAUAAAGCAUUCAUGCAAGCCGACCACCAGCUCCUGUCAGGCGGAACGCACCAGCUUCGGACGGACUGACUCCUGUGAGGUCCCUCUGGUCUCCCACUACAUCUCCCGCGGUGUCCUUAUCAUGCACAACGUGUGGCUGCUGGUUCCAGUCCGUCUGGAACACCUCCUUGCCUCCCGUACCCGCCUCAUGGGGGCAGCGUUGGAGGGGUAGAGGUGGUGGUAGGUAAGAAGGUGCGGAGCUGGUGCAGGCAUGUGAGUCGGAAGGUGAGUCUCUCUAAAGUACUCCUACAAAGCCUUCUAUAUGCGUGUUAGUGGAGGGGUAGGUGAAUGCGGGUGGCUGGAGGUUGGAGGGUGGAGUGUCGGGACCACUGCUGUCACAGCGCCGCGGCGUGUGGUGGAGAAAGAACGCGGCCUCAGUGCUGCGACGGUGAGUGGUUCAGCGGUUCAGCGGUGCUCUGACAAUGGCAUAAUAAGAACCAAAUAACUACAACAUAAACAGUUCUCACAGCGUGACCUCAGUAUCACAAGAACGGUGUAACUAGAGUGUCACGAGAAAAAUGUCACGAGAACUUCACAAGAGAGGGUCCGAACAACGAACAUGCUCUAUGAAAUAGUUUGGAUGACCAAGACUGGGAGAGCUCAAUCCUUAUUUUUAUUGUUCUUGGUAUCACGUGGUGCGCUUGGCCAUACAUUACCUCCCCUGACCACAUGCGCCGCCAUGACCGGUCAGCGGAAGGAGAAAUCCUUGGCACGCAUGCCGAUAGCAAUAUCCGGGCUGGGAGUACAAACACUGGGGUCCACUCGGUUCCCAGGCAUCAUGACUUCCCUCGUGACGUCAACGAACCUGGUGCCGUUGGAAAGUUUCACAAAUUGUCACAUGACGUCCGAAACCCUGACUGGCAACAGAAGAGGAACUAAGGAGAAGCGCAGAAUCAUGGGCAUCGGGACCUUCGUCAUCGACAGACCCUUUGACAAGCAUCUCAAAUUCCGGAAGAAUCUGCAGGACUUUCAGGAGCAGCAUAGGGGCGUUGCCAAGUCACAGGUGAAGCAGCUGCCAGUACCAUUUCGCUUGAGCAACUUAAAAAAAGAUGAAAGUGCUGGCGAGACUAGGAUAGGUGAGCUGCUGCCUCUGCUGCGGAGAGUGUCUACUGGUCACCUGAGAGACCGCAAGUCCUCCAGUCCCUCCCCUUCGUCCAGUGACAGCGUGGAAGUCAAAAAAGAGGAUGAGGGGCAAGUCAAAUCUGAUGGGUGUUUACCUCCCUUGACUGUCGCCACAUGCAAGCUCGCCACCAAUGGUCUGCAGAAAAGAGGAGCUGUACAUGAGAAACGGAAGAACCAGGCUGUGGAUCGUUGCAUGGAGAAUGGAUCUCCAUCGACGCCGAGGGAAGUUUCCGAGACAGAACGCUUGCCUAGGUUGCAGACUCUGAACAAGCUCUCUUUGCACAGAGAAACGACGAGAUUCAAGACAGCGUUUGAAAGCAGUGGACCUUCAAGUAAGCAUCACGUCAUGGCAACCAAGACGAAGCUGUUGGGUGACCUGAUACAAGCUGGCAAGAUGGCGAGACCGUAUCCAGCAACACCGACGUCACAGCUAGACCCCGGCUACAACAAACGUUACCGAUUACCCCCGGUGGGUGUCGAGAGAAGGGCUCCUGUUGAGUCCCCCCCUGUUCUUGAAAUGGAGUGGAUCGACUUGGUGAACAUUCAGCUGGUGGACUACGAUGAUUACGACCGCUACGCUAGUCGACGGCUUCCAAGCGUCUCCCGUGGCAACAGGUGCAACUGCCUGCAGCCUUAUGCAACCCUAGGUCAGGAAAGGAACGAUGAAGUAGGUCAGAAAUUGAACAAAGGAGCAGGUCAGGGAUUGGACGAGGGAGUAGGACAAGAAUUGGACGAGGGAGUAGGUCAAGAACUGAAAGAGAGAGAAGGUCAGGCAUUGGACGAGGGAGUAGGACAAGAAUUGGACGAGAGAGAAGGUCAAGCAUUGGCCGAGGGAGUAGGUCAAGAACUGGACGAAGGAGGUCAAGAACUGGGCGAGAGAGUAGUUCAGAAAUUGGAUGAGGAAGAAAACCCUCGAGAAAUGGUUCAAUCCAGUUUCGGAAAGUAUUCAAGCAAGUCUUGACACAACAACUGUGAUAAAGGUUUGACAUGAUUUCAGUUUCCAAAAAAGUAAAUCUCUUCCUGACGACUCAUAGAUGACCAUUCUCCUCAGUUUGUCUUAAAAUCACCAAAAUAAAUAAGUAUGCGUCAGCGACAAUGUAAGCAGGGAAUGUGGCUAGUAAGGUGGAUCAUAUUUUUGGGGGACAUGUGAGGAGUUGAGAAGAAGGCAAACGUCAUACAGACAUUCUCCUUUAACUUGUCUAAAGUUUAUACAUGUGUUUUCAAAAGAAGCAAACAUUAGUGAGUUUGAGAAGAAUUGUGAGCUCUGAAGGACUGUGUUCUGACUGAGGCAAAAAAAUUCUGAAAACUUACAGUGAAAAAUUGGGACCUUGAUGAGCUAAAACAGACUUUACGGCCGAGCUAAAUCUUGAUCCUUGACAGAAGGGGGCCAGACCCCUUGUGGGCCACUUUGUCACCACCCUGCCAUCACGAAUGAUAUCUUCCUUUCUGGUGGCAGUACAUUGGUAACAUAUUUUUCUUGUUUUUCAGGCAUAACAAAAUAGUGCAACUGUAAAUAUAUAAGUAUACAUAAGAGCUAAACCUACCUCAUGUUUUGGUAAUGACUAAGUUCGUACAAGAUGCUGGUGGUCUGCUGAGGUAGGAAAGGGAAAUGAAGAAAUCCGCAAGAGCUAAUAAUUUAUUUCAGUGAAUUAGCUUUUUAAUUGUUGGUUUUUUUUUUUUUGUUUUUUGUUUUUUUUUUUUGUUUUGCUUUUUUUUAACCAACAUGACAAUUUAGAUGUUUAUUAAUAGGUAACCGCAUCCUUCAUAGGUUUAAUGAAAGGGUGGAUAGUACUCUCUGCUUUGAAUAUUGUUACUUCCGUCCCCAUUCUGGUCGGUGACUGAAAAAAACAGGAAAAUUUCCUAAUUAAUCCGGCACAAACAGGUACCAAAAAAGAGGGUUGGGCUAAUUUUUCUACAUGUAUAUAAAUACUCGAUAUUUUUCUGAUGGAAUCCUUCACUUUUAUGUACACAAUUAAAUAAAAUUGAGAUCAUUGGGUAUACAAACAGAUCACCAGCAAUGAUGAGCAUCUGGGAUAUUCCCGACGCGCACUGACUUGAAACGUUGUCAUAAGAAACUGAGUGUAAAGGGUAAGAAAUGCACUUGAAUAUCAUUGUGAAGCUGUAUUUUCAAGAAGUCAAAUAUGUUUGAAAAUACACGAAGAUAUGAAAAUCAAAUAAAUAACAAAAUCUGA